AUGCGAGUUGAAGACAUGAUCCCCAUCAAUGAUUCUAUGCCUGAAGAACAGCUUAUGGCAAUCAUGAUCUUGAAGGAGAGUUUUGAUGAGAAAGCCAGGCUGGAAGAAGUUAAGGCUCUGCGUGAUGAGAAUUUGCCAUGGCAUUACUAUUGGGAUGAGCCCUACCUGUACAAGAGAGGACCAGACAGCAUUUACAGGAGAUGCAUUGCUGAAGAGGAUGUGCAAGGAGUUCUAGAGCAUUGCCAUGGGUCAGCUUAUGGAGGUCACUUUGCUACAUUCAAAACAGCAACUAAGGUUUUGCAAUCGGGUUUAUGGUGGCCUACUUUGUUUAAGGAUGCAGCAGACUACAUUGCCAAGUGUGAUCCAUGCCAAAGGAAAGGAGGGAUCACCAAGAGGGACGAGAUGCCACUAAACCCAAUUCUAGAGGUUGAGAUUUUGAUGUAUGGGGAAUAG